GAUCUCUGCCCCCCCCCGGCCCUCCCCACGAGCCGGAGCAGCCCCUGGCUCUCUCCCACUACUCCUUUCGGUUUGGGGAGGGGUCGCUCUCGGUUUCUUCCGUGGGCACUGGGGCGUCGUGCACGCGCGAGGACUGGAGGCCGGGAGGAAGGGGGCGAGCGUUUCGACUGCUGCGGGGUCGGGGGAGGGCGCUCUUCCCUGCCGGGCCCGGUCCUCUCGGGCACCUCCUCCGGUCGGUCCCUUCCCGCCCCCCCCCCAUCCUGGGACUGGGCGCCCCGCCCCCUCCCCGAACCACCUCAGCGGAGCCUCUUUCUCCCGAACACCCCUCUUUGGGCCCCGCCGAAAGUUUGGCUCUAGGGAAGGGUGACGCUCCCCAGUCCCCUGCCCCCACCCCGGCAUCAUGCAUCGGACCACACGCAUCAAAAUCACCGAGCUGAACCCUCACCUCAUGUGUGCCCUCUGUGGGGGGUAUUUCAUCGACGCCACUACCAUCGUGGAGUGCUUGCAUUCCUUCUGCAAAACCUGCAUCGUGCGCUACCUGGAGACCAACAAGUACUGCCCCAUGUGCGACGUGCAGGUCCACAAAACCCGGCCGCUGCUCAGCAUCAGAUCUGACAAAACCCUUCAAGACAUUGUCUACAAAUUGGUCCCUGGGCUUUUUAAAGAUGAGAUGAAACGGCGCCGGGAUUUCUAUGCAGCCUACCCCCUGACAGAAGUCCCCAACGGCUCCAACGAGGACCGUGGUGAGGUUCUGGAGCAGGAGAAAGGGGCUCUGAGUGACGAUGAGAUCGUCAGCCUCUCCAUCGAGUUCUAUGAAGGUGUCAGGGACCGGGAAGAGAAGAAGGGCCCCCUGGAGAAUGGGGAUGGCGACAAGGAGAAGCAGACAGGGGUGCGCUUCCUGCGAUGCCCAGCAGCCAUGACUGUUAUGCAUCUUGCCAAGUUUCUCCGCAACAAGAUGGAUGUGCCCAGCAAGUACAAGGUUGAGGUUCUCUAUGAGGACGAGCCGCUGAAGGAAUACUAUACCCUUAUGGACAUUGCCUACAUCUACCCCUGGCGGCGGAAUGGCCCUCUCCCCCUCAAGUAUCGUGUCCAGCCAGCCUGCAAGCGGCUCGCCUUGCCCACAGCGCCCACCCCCUCCGAGGGCACCAACACCAGCGGGGCGUCCGAGUGUGAGUCAGUCAGCGACAAGGCUCCCAGCCCCGCCACCCUGCCGGCCACCUGCUCCUCCCUGCCCAGCCCAGCCACCCCCUCCCAGGGCUCUCCCAGCUCCCACGGCCCCUCAGCCCCCCACCCUACCUCCCCCACUCCCCCUGCGACAGCCGGGGGAGCCACCGCAGCUGCCAACGGGGGCACCUCGAACUGCCUGCAGACACCACCUUCCACCAGCAGGGGGCGCAAGAUGACUGUCAACGGAGCUCCUGUGCCCCCCUUAACUUGAGGAAAGGGACCCUCUCCCUCCUUUUCCAGCCAUGCCUCUCCACCCCUCCACUUUUUCUGGGCCCCCUUUUCCAUCUCUUCUACUUUCCCCAGCUCCUUCCCCCUUAGGGGUGGGGGAUGGGUUUUAUAAAUAAAUCUAUAUAUAUAUGUACAUAGGAAAAACCAAA